AUGUACAAAAUCGUGGCUGUGGAAGUCAACUUCCACAUCCCGUAUGCUCCCCAGUUAUCUGGACAGGUCAAAUGUGCACACCGCACAAUUAUCAACAUGCUUAAAAACUGCAGACAACUAAAGAUGAAGCUUACCACAUUUAUGCUCAUCCUCAUCAGUUCAGCAGCCUCCAUCAACCUCAAAUACAUCUCCAAGAGGAACUCCGUUGACGGCUGUAUAGACUGGUCGGUGGAUCUGAAGACAUAUCGUGUGUUGGCCGGAGAGCCAUUGAGGGUGAAGUGUGCACUUUUCUACAGCUACAUCCGUACUAACUACAGUGUCGCACAAAAUGCGAAGCUGCGCCUCAUCUGGUACAAGAACAAGGGCGACUCAGAGGAGCCAAUCAUCUUCUCUGGUCACCGGCUCAGUAAGGAGGGAGAUUCCAUGUGGUUCCGUUCAGCUGAGAUGGAGGACAAUGGAUUUUACACUUGUGUGCUCAGAAACUCAACGUACUGUAUGAAAGUGUCCAUGUCCCUGACAGUGGAAGAGAGUGAAGAGGGGCUCUGCUUCAGCAGUCGAAUACGUUACCUGGAGAGAGCAGAGAUUACCAAGAGCAAAAUGAUCACCUGCCCAGACAUUGACGACUAUCUCGCCCCAUACAAGCAGCCCAUCAUGACCUGGUACAAGGAGUGUCAGAGGAAGGACUGGAGAAGUUCCAUCAUCAUCAACACCACCAGCCUGUGGAUCCCGGAGGUGCAGGAAGAUGAUGGAGGAAACUACACCUGCGAACUCAAGUACGGCAGUAGAGUCGUCAGACGCACUACUGAACUCAAAGUCACAGCACUUCUCACCACCAGACCACCAAAAGUCUUGUUCCCAUCAGACAGACAGGCUAGUGUAAUAGACAUACAGCUCGGCAUGCGUCUGAUCUUAGACUGCAAGGCGUUCUUCGGCUACAGCGGGGAUUCGAGACCCAUCAUCUACUGGAUGAAGGGAGAUAAGUUUGUAGAGGAACUGGAAGGACACAUAAGAGAAAGUGAAAUUGGUUCGAGAGUUUCUGGGGAGAAAGAGGUGGAGCUGUCUCUGAUGUUUGAUGCUGUGGAGGAGACAGACAUGGGCAACUACACCUGUAAUGUGGAGAAUCAUAUCGGCCACAGCAGUGGAAGUGCCAUCCUACAGAAGAAAGAUGUCUACAGGUUGGAGCUGGUUGGAGGGUUGGGCGCCAUCAUGCUGUUAUUAGGGAUCUUCACCGGCAUCUAUAAAUGCUAUAAUGUGGAGAUCAUGCUGUGUUACAGACGACACUUCGGAAGCGAUGAGACAGAUGCCGACAACAAAGAAUAUGACGGCUACCUAUCUUACACCAAAGUGGAUUUAGAGUCAGUGGAGCAAGAGAUGAGCGAGGAGGAGCAGUUCGCUCUGGAGAUCUUACCUGACAUCCUGGAGAAACACUACGGAUAUAAACUCUUCAUCCCUCACCGCGACCUCAUCCCCAGUAGCAGUAAGAACAUCUCUUUCAUUAAGCCAAAGAUCAAGAUGAACAGGAAGGCAUACAUUGAGGAUCUGGCCCGGAGCGUGGAGCAGAGCAGGCGCCUUAUUAUCGUGUUAACGCCUGAGUUUGUGGCCCGCCGUGGUUGGAGCAUCUUCCAGUUUGAGCCACGGCUGCACAGCAUGCUGGUGACCGGUGAAAUCAAAGUGAUCAUGAUCGAAUGCUCUGACCUAUGCAACGUUAUUAACUACCAGGAAGUAGAAGACCUCAAGCACACCAUCCGAGCACUGUCCAUCAUUAAAUGGCACGGCCCCAAAAGCAACCAACUGAAAUCCAAGUUCUGGAAGCAGGUGCUCUACAAAAUGCCCGCUAAGAAGAAAGAGUCUGUGUCCCGGCGACAAGUGUUGGACUCUGGUGAGCAAGGGCUCUUCAGCGACCUGCAGGCGGUAUCGACGGUUGCCAUGACUGCAACCUCAGCAUCUUUAGCUCCGGCUCAUGUUGAAAUACCAGACUAUAAUGAGCCGGCCCACCGGCAUAUGCAACAUUUCUGCCGCAGCUACGAAUAUGAGCUGCCCACCUCCGCAAUAGCCACACUUAACAGCCGCCACAUGUACUACAAUUUACCCAUGACGCUGAUGAAUGGACGGGUGAUGCAAAACAAUAUUGGGAAACCCAAGAAGGACACUCACUUAAACAGCACAUUUGUACCACUGUCUGGACAAGAUCUUUCCAGUGAUAUCUGGUAGAACAUCUCACAGCAAUCACUGGCAGGGUUGGUUACAAAUUCAGAUUUUAAGAAUUUACCCCUUAUGAGUUGGAAUUUGAAUUUAACU